AUGUCUCUACUGACACCUCGGACAAUCGUCAUAACGACGGAUAAAUCAUCAUGUAAUGGUACCGAACUGACUGUUUUGGACGACGACAUGAUGGACGAAUAUACCGAUUCGGGCGAACCAAGAAAAAGAAGACGACUGACACAUUUAUCUCCAGAUGAGAAAUUUUUAAGGAGAAAAUUAAAAAACAGAGUCGCAGCCCAAACAGCCCGAGAUCGGAAGAAGGCCCUAAUGAGUGAAAUGGAAAUAAAAAUAGCACAACUGGAGGCGGAAAAAAAGAAAUUACAAGAUGAAAACACCACAUUGAAAAUUCAAUCCGAUUCUUUAGUCACUGAAAACACUGAAUUAAAACAAAGAUUGGGGCAAUGUAACGACGGAAAAACAGACUUAGCAACAUCUGACAAAUUGGAGACGAAAUCCCACAGAUCUGCAGCAUCUGCUGUUCCUCUGCCGAAGGAGCAGAUUUCGACUCCACUUCGUUGGAUGGAGCAAUACAAGGCCUGUUGCCUGUUACUCAGCACCCUACUGUGUAUAGUUUACUGCACCAACCAAAACAAAGUUCAACAGCAACUCAGUUCCAGCAGAAAACGAAAGCAGUCAAAUCCAUCUCGUGUGUCAACGUCCACGACUGAAGGUCAAGGUCAAAUGGUAUUGAAUGGUCAUCCAGUUGUUGUUAAAAUAGUUGACAAACCAACAAACACACAAAAAUGUGUGAUAAACAAUAACCGUAAUAUAACUCUUAAACGAGUAACCACACAAAACUCGAUAGUUCCCACAACAAAUUGUGUGCAAAAUCAAAAUUCCGAGGUUAUUCAAAAUCAACCUUCUUUUCAAACACCAUCCAUAAACAUUACUGACAUGGAAACACAACAUCAGAAUCUCAACCAGAAUUCAGACAUGAAUGACUUGGAUGACUUUCAUUUGUGGGAUGACUUAGAUUCUUUAAUCAGCGAGAACUUUAUCAGUCAACUAACUGAAGACAAUGUAUCCAAACCUAUUUCACAAAACCAAUGUGUACAACAUGUAUCACCUAACAGUGCCGACGGAAACAAUACUCGAAAACGAAAGAUCUCUGAAAUCAAUGAGUAUAUUUCAGAGGAAGGUUUCUUGAGUGAUUCUGGACUAGGAAGUGAUAGCGAAGCCCUGUCUCCUAAAAGUGAAGUGUCUAAUUGUUCAGAUGACAUUUGGCAAGAAUCAUUCAGUGAACUCUUCCCUGGUUUGAUUUGAAGAAUAUUUGUUGAAUUUGUAUGUUGGAAAGCACCUCACGUGGGUCGCGUAAUUGAUAUUGAGUCACUAUCAAAAAUUUGAAUUGUGAAUAUUUCACUUUUAUUACAUGUAUAUUGUUAAUAUUUUGUUGUAAAAACUCAAGUUUCUGUGAAAUAGUUUCAGGAUUAAGGGUUUAUUAAAAAUAUGAAAUGCUAGUAUUUCUUUUCUAUUGGAUGUUAAACAGCGGUUGAAAAUUUUCAUUUUUUCAAAAUGUCCCGAGAGUGUCCUCCAAUAUCGCCCCUUAAUGAUUCCUGUUUCGUCCCUUUCCCAUAUCGUCCUUAGCUAUUUUGCCCCUUUCCCAUAUUGCCCCUUCCUGGAUUUGUCCUCUUCCCAAUUUGGUAUUAAUCAGAUGAAUGGGUUUCGAGCUAUUGCCCUUGACUCAAAUUGACACGAUAGAGGCUACAGUUUUCAUCUGAUCUUGA